CGUCCCUGUUGAGGGCUUUCCGAACGCCUCGCGACCCGGAUUGAGUUCAUUUGAAGGUUCGUCCACUCCAUUGUUCCAGUUCAAACGUUUCAACCCCCCCGAAAUCCACCGGAAGCCGUCCUCUGCGAUGUAAUGCGAGCGCAGUGAAAACUGAAAACAUACCUACGUGUUCCCGAGGAGCGCCGAUCGGACAGAUCCCCAGCCAGCAGCGUCGAAAGAAGCUCGGAGGCGAAGCAUGUCCCUGAACACGACGAACAGUUAUGCGAGCAUUCGUAGGAGUGAGCGGCUGGCCAAAAAAGCCGUUUAUUUCGAAGAGUCGUUUUCCGUCCCAUCAGUCCGCAACACCGACCGAAACACGACGGUCGGAUCAUCAGUGGAUAAUCUGGAACCUCGGCGGGAACGUGCAUCCAUAGCCGUUGAUUUCCACCCCGAUCCCAUGGAAAGCAGAGACAGUGUGCGUGGAACUUUUGGGAGACAGAGUGUUCGGAGAUCAAUCCGGCGAUCACUGCAGCCGCUCGCGAACAUGCUGACGACGGGCCGUAAACGAAAGGGAAACAAGUGUGAACCACUCUACGAGGAUCCAGCCAACAUGUCCUGUGUGAGGAAUUUUCGCAACACGGUUCGUAAGUCGACGCUCGAUUUCGAUGAGGCGCUACCUCCGGGAAGAGCUCAGGGAGCGCCGAAUUCUGGCGAACCGCAGGAAAUACGACGUGUCGCACCAGCUUGCCCUCGACCUGUCCGGAAGGUUCCGCGUGAAGCCCCGAAGCCGAUGCCGAGGACCUCGAUCCUUCGUCAAGAAAACGCUCCACCGAUCCCACCCCGACGACAGAGUAUCGAGGAAUCAAAACCCCCCUUGGCGGCGAAUCCGCUGAAAGAGUCUCUCAGAGAGCUCCGAAAUUUGGAGCCUCGACGAGUCUUGCGAACAAUCCAAGAGAUUCCCGUCAACUCGCCCAAACGCAAGAUCUGCGUUGAAAAUUUCUCGGAAGAAACCGCCGACGAUGAGAACUCUUUGGUCGAGUGGAAUCCGGACAGAAAACGCCGUAAGACAGUCCGAUACCAGAGCAAUAGCAGUUUGUGGCUUUUGAAGGGCAGUGGUGACGCAGGUAGUGGAAAAGCAAAACUUCGAUUGAGCGUCUACGUCAACUGCGGUCACAUAUCCUUGCAUGUUAUCCGCGGAGCGAAUCUCCCCCUCUUGCCCGACCAGCACGAGCUCAACUCCUACAUAAAAGUUGCUGUGGAGCCGAGAGACUGCAGGGUUCAGCACAGAUCGCAAAUCGUUCCGGCGACUGUGGACCCAUUCUACGACUUCAGACUAUCAUUCGAAUUCCCCGCGACGCCGACGCAAGACGAACAGCCGACUCUCCUGGUGACAGUAUGGCACCGUGAUUCAAAUUCUCGCCGAAGUCGUCUCCUGGGAUUUCUGAGUUUCCCCAUCAGUAAAAUCGUUGAGGCGAAUCGCAUCGAGGGCUGGUUCCGCCUACCGAGCUUGGCAAUAACGAAGAAAACGCAAUUAUAGCUAGAAAAUAAAACAACUUGUGCG